GUGAAAGCUCAAGCCUACCAUGAAACUCCUGUCUUCAUGUUUAAAGUGUGAAGAAGAUGGAGGAGUCCAUUCCCAGUUCCAGGCUCUGUUGGCUGAAGUGAGUGAACCCAGACCAGGCUGCUCUCUCACCAUUGCCAACAGGCUCUUUGGAGAAAUUACUUAUCCGUUCUUCCAGCAAUACUUGGAUUCCGCAAAGAAAUUCUACCGAUCAGAACUGGAACCAGUCAAUUUUAAAUACACCGAAGAAGAAGUCACAGAUAAAAUUAACUUUUGGGUGGAAAAUGAGACAAAAGGUAAAAUCAAAGACCUAUUUUCUGCUGGGUUUAUCGAUCCCUCUACUGUGCUUGUCCUGGUCAGUGCUAUAUAUUUCAAAGGAAAGUGGGCAGUAGAAUUUAAGAAAGAAGACACUAAGGAAACAUAUUUCCAUCUGAACAAGAAUGAGAGAAGGACAGUGCAGAUGAUGUUUCAAGAAGGUUAUUUUAACAUGGCCAUCAUAGAGGAACUCAAAAUGAAAGUGAUAGAGCUCCUAUAUUUUGAUAAUGAAAUGAGCAUGUUCAUUCUUCUUCCUGAAGUUGUCUGUGAGGAUUCUACUGGCCUGGAACAGACAGCACUAAAUUUAACAAUGGGCUCCAUCAGUGCAGCAAAUGCAGAAUUUGCUUUUGAUGUAUUCAAAGAGCUGAAAGUCCACCAUGCCAAUGACAACAUCUUCUACUCCCCCCUGAGCAUAAUUGCAGCCCUGGCCAUGGUUUACCUGGGAGCAAGAGGUAACACUGAGUAUCAGAUGGAGAAGGUUCUUCACUUUGACAAAAUUGCAGGACUUGGAGGAGCUGUUCAGACCAAGGUACAGAAAUCUAAGUGUGGCAAGUCUGUGAAUAUCCACAUACUGUUUAAAGAACUUCUUUCUGAUAUCACUGCACCAAAAGCCAAUUAUUCACUCCACGUUGCCAACAGACUCUAUGCUGAAAAGACAUCUUCAAUCCUACCGAUUUACUUAAAAUGUGUGAAGAAACUGUACAGAGCAGGUCUGGAAAUGGUCAACUUCAAAACAGCAUCAGAUCAAGCCAGACAGCUCAUUAAUUCCUGGGUGGAAAAUCAGACAAACGGAAUGAUUCAAGAUUUUCUUGAGCCACGCUCUGUUGAUCUGAAUACUCUGUUGGUCCUUGUGAAUGCCAUUUACUUCAAAGGGAUAUGGAAGACGGCGUUUAAAGAAGAAGACACUCAGGAAUUUCCCUUCAGCGUGACAAAGCAAGAAAGCAGACCUGUGCAAAUGAUGCGUCAGAACAGUACCUUCAAAGUGGGAGUGGUGCCUUCAGAGAAAAUUAAGAUCCUGGAGCUGCCAUAUGCCAGUGGAGAGCUGAGCAUGUUGGUGCUGUUGCCUGAUGACGUCUCUGGUCUGGAGCAGCUUGAGAAAAAAAUCAACUUUGAAAAACUUACGGAGUGGACCAGUCCCAGCGUGAUGGAAAAAAAGAAAGUGAAAGUGUACCUCCCGCGCAUGAAGAUUGAGGAAAAAUACAACCUCACAGGUGUCUUAAAGGCCUUGGGUAUGACCGACCUGUUCAGCCCUUCGGCCGAUCUGUCUGGCAUCUCUUCAGCAAAGAACCUGAAGAUAUCUGAGGCCAUUCAUAAGGCAUUCAUGGAAGUCAAUGAAGACGGCACUGAGAUGGCUGGCUCAGCAGGUGUGAUUGGAGUCGUCAAAUAUUUCCCUGAGUCUGAAGAGUUUAGGGCUGACCACCCUUUCCUUUUCUUCAUCAAACACAAUCCAACCAACAGCAUCCUCUUCUUUGGUAGAUAUUGUUCUCCCUAAAGAAAGAAAGAGCUGGAAAUAAAGCUUGCCUUCCCCUCAGAAACAGAUCCCCUUUAGUGUAGUAUUGUAGUAUAAUCUCAUCUCUCAAUAUUUUCUCCAAAUGGAAAGCCUAAUCUAGGAAAUGCCCAUUUGGGAAGCUUCCAUAGCAAAGACAUACCUGCAGGUGAGGAAACAGCAGCAAGUAUGUUUACUCCUUUCCCUUCUCAUACUAGUUCCAGGAUUGCUUGAGCUGAACAAAUACUGAGUCAACAGAGACUAGAUUCUCCCACCAGUUGUGAAGGGGCCAAGUGAUUUUCAUUCAAGGAACUAGUUGUUGUGCUCAUCCCAUUCCUCAGUACAUUCUGUUGACAAACCCCUGCUGUUCCUCAAAUAAGGGCUUUGAGAUCUCCAGUCUGGCAUAGAUGCUUGUGAAUAAGAUUCUGCUAUGCAUGUUGUUAACCGGUCCCUGUGUACAUCUCAAAUGUUUUUUACUUAGCUGUUGGAAAAUGGUGUACAUGACCACUGUCACCAGAGUCGUCCUCUCAUCAUGACUUCCUCGCCUAAGUCCGAAUUUCAGAGGUUCUCCAAAGUCAUGGAGAGUCUCCCUUCCACUUCAGAGAGCACAAAAAAAGAUCUUAGGUGCAAUUGCGCCUUCUCACAGAGUGUAGAUUCAAAGCCUGAAACAUGGAUAUAUGGCUGAUCCAUAUGAUCCAGAACUCAGUGAGAACUGUCAGGCAGAAGAGCUGUCUGAAUUCUUGUUUAAAACAUUGGAAGCAUGUCAAAUUUGAGCACAUUUUGAUUUUUGUGAAAAAUCCUGCAAGUGGUAUUAAAGAAUCUGAUUUCUCCAUGGGAGUUCUGUGGAAAAACACAGCUUUCAACAUUAUCCCCGUCUCUGUUGAGCUUGCCUGGCAAGUAAACUUCAAUUGGUCACUGGGAAGCCCUCAGGUGGAGCUCAAAUUUCAAGCACAUAAUUCUUCUAUGAAUGCAGCUGGGCUUCUUGGUUCCUGUGAUAGUUCAAGGCUACAUCUCUUGUUUGUAAGAAAUACAGAGAAUCCUAAUAUUCUCUGCCUUUUCCUUCCUAUGCAUCCAUUGCCAUCUGCAAAUAUGGAUAUAUUGGCUCAAUGCUAUGUCCUGUUUUCUUUCUAAUCAUACAUUACUGAUUUUGAUGGAUACAAUUGAUUUUUUUUUUUUUUUGGUUAACAAAAUAAAAUCACAAAUGCUUUUCAUGAGAA